UGUAAAUGGCAACGGAGCGGCAAUGUUUUCGUUGUCAAUUGUAUUUUGUUUUGCUCAUAAUUUUCACUCGUGUUUAUUUUAUCAAAAUCACUUUGCUUGCUAUCGUUAUAUAUGCCAGCACCACUCAUGAACGUGUCCGUAUCUCGUUGGAAAUUACCGUAGGAUGCUGAAUAUUGUGCAAUACCCAUCAACGUAACUCCAACAUAGAAAUUACCUGAAAGAAAACAUUCUUUCUUUUACAUAUGUACAUAUAGAUACCGCAAAGUACGAGCAAACAUAAGGAAAAGCGCAGAGCGGAGAAAGAAAAGAAUAUACGGAAAAAAUUUAAUUUUUUCAGAUCACACAUGGUAACGUCUAUGACGCCGUUAUACUUACCGGAUAAUGAAUUUUCAUAUACUUGGUUCUGUCAAGUUGACACGGAACGAACGUUGACGUUCUUGAGUGAUUCUAGUGUUAGAUAAGAGCUUUACAAGCAACGUACAAAUAAUAAAUAAGUCCUUAAAUUUACUUGUUAUAGUUCUUAAAUGUUAUCAAAUUGUGCGCUUAAAUUUCAAUCACUUUGCAGACGUUUGCACACAAUUCGUUUAGAGUUGAAUAAUAAUGGAGAUUCUCUACGUUUAUCGAGUUUGACGAGGUUUUGUCUGGUUCCAAAGUCGGGAGCAGAUAAUAAAGAAGGAGUAGUUAAAUCUUCAAAGACGACUGCAUUAGGGGUCAAUGCGAAAUAUGUUGUAACCCAACAAAUACGGAAAUAUGCUCCGACUACUAGUUCAACGAACGCUGAAAGUGCUUGUUGGAACUGCAAGCAAGGGGGACGUAAGAAUCAUAUGAUAUGCACAUCCUGCGGCUAUCUGCAAGAUGUAAAUGCAGAAAUUAAUUAUUUUGAUCUGCUAGAUUUACAAAACAGUUUUUCAUUACAACAGCAAGAACUAACACGGCGUUUUCGACAGCUUCAAACAUUGGUUCACCCAGAUAAAUUCAGUAACAAAGUAACGCGGGAGCAAAAUAACUCUGCCGACUGGAGUGCUCUAAUAAAUAAAGCAUACAAAACGUUGUCUGCCCCAGUUGAGCGUGGACAAUAUUUACUGAAACUACAAGGUGAGCAUAUGCCACAGGAUAAUUCUGCUUUGAAUACAGAAUUUCUUAUGGAAAUGAUGGAGCUCAAUGAAAAAGUCGACGAAACGAAUUCGAGGGAAAGUUUACAGCAAAUAAAUAACGACAUUGCCCAACAAUUAAAAGAAGGAGUCCAAGUAUUAAGCGAGAAAUUUGACUCGAAAGCAUUAAAUGAAGCAAAAUUCUUGCUAGUAAAAAUGAAAUAUCUGAUUAGUGUUCAGAAUAGUAUCAAGAAUAAGCUACAAAAAAUGGAGGACAGUUAAGCUAAUGCUAAUAUUUUUUCUGUAAAUUAUCUUCUGCUUUUUUGUUGCCAGGACUAAUAAAGUAUAACUUGUUGCAAGGGUAAA